UGAAACCGGAACCCAUUUGCAGCCAAGAUCCAAUACCUGAUCGCUGUUUUCUCCGAAACAAGCGCUGGUUCUUUAAUUUUAGAAAUAACACGUGUAUGGAGUUCCCGAAGAAAGGUUGUGGGAAAGGCCAAAACAGCUUCUCCACCUUGGAGAAGUGCAUGAAUACAUGCAGCUAUAAUCGAGUAACGGCAGCCUGCCCAACUUGCGAAGAAAAACUCCAAACCGAGCAACGGCCCUUGGGAAAACCAGGAUUACCUAGCCAAAUCGGUCAACUCAGCCCACCAGUCAUUCCCGCCCAACCUAGCAUGCCUGUACAACCCGGAAAACCAGGUCAAUCUGGCAUAGGCUUACCGGUCCAACCAGGCCAACCAAGCAGACCCGGUGUCGGCUUUCCCAGCCAACAAGGCCUACCCCCCAUGAACGGUGGACUGGCUCAGCCUGUACAACCUGGCUUAAUGGACCGACCCGGCCAAGUCAGCCCUAGUAAUCCCGGCCAAUACGGCCAACCCAGCGGACCCGGUGUCGGCUUUCCCAGCCGACAAGGCCUACCCCCCAUGAACGGUGGACUGGUUCAGCCUGUACCUGGCUUAGUGGGACGACCCAGCCAAGUCAGCCCUAGUCUUCCCGCCCAAUCCGGCAAUCCCAGCGGAAACAGCGUCGGCUUACCUGGCCAGCCUGGCUUACCUCCCUUCAGUGGUGGACCUCGUCAUCCACAUAAACCUGACCAAAUUGGACGGCCAAGCGAUUCCAGUGCUAACUUGCUACCCAAUAGAUCCGCCCUAUCCGGCCAGUCUAAUGGGCACCGCGUCGGAUUACCGAGCCACAACCUUCCAUCCCUCCUCGCUACUCCUAACGCCAGACCUGGUCAGUUUAGUCGGCCGGCCUUACCGGUACGGCCAGGUUAUGGCAGUUAUGGUGUCCCGCCCAGUACAACCUCUCAAUACGGUCAACGCAGCACGCCUCGCAUCGACUCAACUGGCUUACCGGCCUUGCCCAGUGUUUCCGGUACAAGCGUACAAGCCACGCCAAACCCUCUUCCCAAUUAUCCCACCGCACCAACGCCAUCCGUCAAUCUCGGCAUGCCCCUGCCACACGGAGUUCCUGCCCAGAACAACCAGCCAUUAUUUCCUGGCUCUACUGGACAACCUCCGGUAGAGAGGCAAUAUCGCCCUUACAGAUCCACUAACCGUUAG